GAAAACCUCCCUUCGUAAGUUGAAGCCUGCAUGUAGUAUAAUUGUCAUCUAAAGUGUGUGCUUUCCACAAUUCCACCCAUUUUAAUUUUUAAUCCAAUUCAUCAAAGCCUCGGUAGUACGGUUUGUAAUCUCAGUUUUCUCUCUAGGGUUUCGACUAUGUCGGUCGCUGGAGUCUUUUUCCGAUUUCGACUUUGUCGAAGAUGGGCUUUGUAUUCCCUUGGUCGCUGGUGCUCGGCUGGAGUCCAGGUCAAACGCGGAGGGCGGAGAUCGGUGGAGGAGGGCGGAUUUGCUGUCAUGGCUCGAGGAGAUCAGCGUUAUGAUCCAGGUUCGAGGAAGCGGCGUGGCUGUUGUCGUUGGAGAAGAUCGGUGACGCCUAUCCAUUUACUCUGGUCGCACGGAGCAGGGAUGCGUUUAGUUAUGCAGGGACGGAGGAUUGAUGCUUGGUCUUUGGCAGCCAAAGGUCAUGGAGGAUCAAUUAGCAUGGUACCAGUGGUACGACCUCUUCCUGACCAUCACCAUGGGAUGUACAAGAUGCUAGAUUUUGUGAAAGUUUUUCUUCUAGUUUUUAUCUGCUUGUGAUUUGUUUUUUUGUGUCCACUUUUGUUGUUGGUUUUUCAGUUUGUUUGAAUUUUUGUCUCUCUUUAUGUCAUGGGGUAUGGUUGGAUCUAUGAGAACAAAUUUGGUUGUGUCAAGCCCACUACAUGGUUAGCGAUUCGUGUUGCUCUCUCAAAGUCUCACCAUAGGGUUACAGUCGUAGUUGUUGGAGUUUCAGUUGGUGGCAGUUUUAUUUUCCUUUUGUUUGAUGUAAUGAUCCUGAAUAUUUUGAUAUGAAUAGAGGCCUGUUUUGAU